ACUGCGGCGCCGGUCAUGGCGGCGGCAGUGCGCCUGUUCCGUGGAGCCGCCCGUGGCCCGCCCGCCCUCGCCUUUACCCGGGCACUGGGCUCCGCGCCGCCGGGGCCGGUGAGCCGGGGGGCGCGGCGGGCCGCGCUGGCGGCCGCAGGGACGUUGGGCGGACUGGGGCUGGCGCUGGGGCUGUGGCGGCGGCAAGCCGCGUUGGCAGCGGCCCGGGAGGACGAGGAGGAGAAGGAACUGCGGCAGCGGUUCAUGGCGCCACCGGUGAGCGGGCUGCGGGAGCUGCGGCGGCGGCGGCGAGAGCUGCGGAGCCGCAUGGAGCUGCUCAUCAUGGAGACGCAGGCGGAGAUGUGUCGCGCCCUGGCCGACCUGGACCCCGGCGCCUCCUUCGCCGUUGACAGCUGGGAAAGGAAGGAAGGCGGAGGCGGCAUCAGCUGCGUGCUGCAGGAUGGCGAGGUCUUUGAGAAGGCAGGUGUGAACGUGUCCGUCGUGUCCGGGCUCCUGUCCGAGGAGGCAGCACGGCAAAUGCGGAGCAGGGGGAAGUCUCUGAAGGCCAAGGACGGGAAGCUGCCUUUUUGCGCCAUGGGUGUGAGCUCUGUUAUCCAUCCAAAGAAUCCUCAUGUUCCAACCAUGCACUUCAACUACAGAUACUUUGAAAUUGAAGAAGCAGAUGGAACUAAACAGUGGUGGUUUGGUGGUGGGACUGACCUCACUCCAACUUACCUGAAUGAAGAGGAUGCCGUUCAUUUUCACAAGACUCUGAAAGAAGCCUGUGACAAGCAUGAUCUAAAGCUGUAUCCCAAGUACAAGAAAUGGUGUGACGACUACUUCUAUAUCAAGCACCGUGGCGAGCGUAGAGGGAUUGGAGGCAUAUUCUUUGAUGAUGUGGACUCUCCCUCCAAGGAGGAAGUAUUCCAGUUUGUAAAGAGUUGUGCCAAAGCUGUUGUGCCUUGUUACAUUCCCAUUGUGAAAAAGCACUGCCAUGACUCCUUCACACCAGAGGAAAAGCUAUGGCAACAGCUUCGGAGAGGACGGUAUGUAGAGUUCAACUUGGUUUAUGACAGAGGUACAAAGUUUGGCCUCCUGACACCAGGAUCAAGAAUCGAAAGCAUUCUUAUGUCUCUGCCACUGACUGCAAGGUGGGAGUACAUGCACAACCCACCAGAGAGCUCGAAAGAAGCAGAAAUUCUGGAGGUUCUGCGAAAUCCCAAAGACUGGGUGCACUGACACGGAUCAUGAACAGGAUUGAUUGCUUCCACUGAGCCAUUCUGAGAGAACAGGAAUGCCUGCAAACCAGCCCAUUCAAACUGCUGUUGCAUGGUGUUUAAGUGUGUCUAUUUAUACUCUUACCUCGUGCCUUAAUUAUGCUGUAGACUUGUUAAAACUUGCAAGUGUGUGAACUCAUUCUUUUAGAUUGAUGGGCUAACGUUAUCAUCCCUUGUUGCUGUUGCCUUGUGAAGGACUGGUGAACACCUCACAGGGCUACUCCGCAUGCUUUAGAUGACUGCAAAAUGGCAAACCACUGUGGUGUCUUUGGGAAAUGAAAGGACUAUCUGUGCCUAAAUAGCACUGCUUGCCUUUAUAAAAUGUUGGUAUGCUUAAAAACAUUUUUUUAAAGAACAAAGGGAAGAUUUGGUAUUACAUUAAACGUUACGCUGUGCUUUCAGGAAGCUGUGGAGAAGGUAGUACUUCAUCCUAUGUUUUUUGAUGAUAUCUUGUUGAUUGUAGAGGGGGGAAAUGGUUUAAGAUGUGCUGCAGCAGCAUAAUUUGGCUGAAGUCUCAGUGUUACCUCAUGAGAACGGAAGGAUGGCUGUCCGUUUGAGAAAAUCAGCACUGAGCACCUGUGCUGCAGAUCACACAGCAGAACAAUACUGCUCGAGCCAGUUCCAUUGCCAGGGAGAUUGACGGUGGAACAGGACGCUGUUGGAUGUUGCCCUAAGGCGUAUCCACCUCUGCCUUCGCGCUCCUUCUAGCUUUGGACUGAUUGUCUUGGUUCCCAGCUCGAACUUGGCUGAGCAGCUGGAAAGGGAAAAAGCAAGUGAAGGUCGGAUUUUGUUUCCCCCCAAUCGAGGAAAAAGGAACUGGUCUCUCUCCCCGUCGGGGAAUCGAACCCCGGUCUCCCGCGUGACAGGCGGGGAUACUCACCACUAUACUAACGAGGAGCUCGACAUAUGGUAGUCGUCUCCCCACCACCAGCCAGUAGCACCUCACCUGCUGUCCCGCCAUGAUCACCCAAGUCCAGCUCCCGCUUGGGAGGUACCGCGUUCGUUUCCGUGUUACCCCUCCGCCCCUAAAACAAAAUGAAGUGAUCCUCUGCUAAGUCAGAGAUCUCCUCCUGUCCAAGGGGGAAAAAAAAAAAUAAGCAUUGGCCCGUACGGGGAUCGAACCCGCGACCUUGGCGUUAUUAGCACCACGCUCUAACCAACUGAGCUAACCGGCCACUUUCUCUAGGGGAUUUGAGGAACAAGAGCCGAGCCAUUCCCAUAGACGUGCUGUGGUUGCAGCCACUGCUAAGCGCCGCUCUAGAGUGAUCGCUCUUCCUAGACACCGCCUCGGCGAGUUGUUUCAUGGAGCCAUGGUAGAGCAGCAAGGGGACCAACCGGGGUGACAAGCAUUCCUAAAAAAUUGAGACUUUCACACCUUUCGUUUUUCUCUGCCUGCUCCUUCCUCCGGUGCGCGGGGGGCAAUUACGGGCGGCACGGAGCGGCUCGGCGAGGCUGCACCCUGCACACGGACGCGCACCUCCCGGCGGAGCAGCAGCACCACCGCAGCGAACCGCCACGCUUUGUAGGAACUAUUCCCGACCAUUCCCUCUCUCCCUCCUUUUGGCCACGCCGCGGACGGGGAUGCGAUGGAAAGAGUGAUGGGUCCAUUCCCCCUGUGAAGGGUCACUUGUGAAAUCAAGGCAUUAAUUAGAAAAAUGCAGAAAAUAUUUCAGAAUUAAAUACCUCUGAGUCAGUGAAAAAGUUGUAGAGGAAGAGGACAUAAUUAAAUUCCCAGCCCUUCCCUUCACAAACCGUCAGUAUGAGUGCUAAAUUGAGCUCUUCUCCUUUGGUUCAUUUGCUGCUAACACGACCUAUCAUUAAAUACAUCAAUAAAAAACAUACUAGGAAGCCAAAUAUAAGGUAAUAUCUGCAUAGAGAAGCAUAUAUCAAGUUAUCAUGACAAUACAAGAGCUUCCUCAAAUCCUGGGCAAUAUUUAAGAGAGAUGUUCCCACACGCUGCAGAAAAAGACCCCAAAGCAGCGACUAUAACAAUGACCAAUACAUCGUGUGAGGAGAUGGUCACAGAUCAGUGUAAGAAAAUAUGGAGUGAGGAAGGAAAAAGACAGGAGACAUCUGAUUGACAAAAGGGCAGAAAACUACAGAUAUACAUGAAGAAGAAAGAAGCAGAAAGACCUACAGUAAGGGGGCUUUUUAGAAUGAAGAGGCAUCAUUUACCAGUGACAUGCUGGGCCUUAAAAAAUAAGUGGGCAGUCUACAAAGAAAAAUUAUUUGAUUAGCUGUAGAACUGGAAGAAUCUGCAAAAAGUUAUAUACCUAAGAACACAACCCUGAUGUGGUCUAAAUUCAACAGGUGCUGUUUUUCUUUCCUUAUGCAGCAGCAUUCAAUCACUAAUACUGUGGAAUUCCAAGACUAUAGGUUUUCCUCCAUCAGAAACCACAGUCCUCAGAAGCUGAUCAAAAAAUUUUAGGAAACAGCACUGAAGCAGUAGAAUCACUCCAGAGGCAAGAUGAAGACUGCCUGUUGUAAGCAGAAUAUGGAUUUUAAACUGUGUCUCAAGCUUUCUCAAAAACACACUUCUAAUGGAUUUUGUUAGAAUUUCAAGCUCAAGAAGCAUCAUGACAAAGACAACAGUCAGAGAAGAGAGAAGCUGUACGGUUUCUGCUGUUGUGAGUAGACCUCAUCUCACUGUAAAAUAAUUUCCAAGCUACUGGGACAAGACCUUUCCAGAGCAGAUUGCUCAGUAAAGAAAGAACAACUGCGAAUUUCUGUGCCAGGAGCCAGAAAAUACAAUGCAACUGCAAUGAAAUGUGGUGUCUUUCUGCAAGAGAAGGGAUUGCAGCCCUAACUCAUAUUAUAACUAACAUUGAUCCUUUUCUAUUAGGUUAUCUCUAAUUUAUUGACCACUCAUUCCUUUAAAAUACCAUUUUCUAAGAAAAUUUUUAUAUAAGUAUUUCACUAUUUUAAAAAUGCAAGAAGCACAGUUUGUUUUGCUCCUAUUGUGUCAUUAGAGUUCAAAAUACAUUUCCAAAUACAUUUCCCAGUCUUUCAGGAUAAGAAGAAUGCCUAAGGAGAGGUUAACAUUUUUUCUUUCAAAAGUAAGAAAUAAGUAAUUGUCUUGUCUACUGUUGAAUCCUGAAUGUGCAGGUGAAAGAUGGUAAAUCUUUGAUGACAGAUGUUUGUCAAAAUGCAAUACUUAGAACUAUGUGUUUGAAACGCCUGUUUCAUUUUCCCUUCCCCAAGGAGUCAGAUUUAAUAAAUUUAAUACUUUCAAUAACUA